AAUUAUCUAACACUCCUCAUCACCGUGCUUUGCCACUUGCCACUUGCUAUCCUCUCUUGCAUCCUCAAUUGUUCUAUCAACCAUCCCUCGGAGCACAACACAGCGUUUGCUAUUGCCUUACAUUUUACUAUUUACAAAGUCAGAUUCCUCCCCCACUACCUGCUUUCUUUUUAUUCACAAAGUUAGGUCAAUGCUAUUGUCUCCCUCUUCCUCUUCCUCUCCGAUCCGCUUAUUUCUCUUGUUUCUUUAUCAUCGCUUUAUGUAAAAUGCUGCAUCCCUGCUCAUCUCGUCCUGUGUGGUGGCGGGGGCUUUGUCAACUGCAGCGACAACAACAAUACCAACAACAACAGCAACCAAGUGGGAACAAAUUGUGCCAAAGAAAUAUCGUUUGGAUGUCCUUAGCACGUGACACAUCGGCCAGAGAUCUGGUGGCAAAGAUCAGUUGCCAGUACAUGCAUAAUGUUUCUUUGGCCACAUUCAAACUCAUGGACAAAAUAGUCUCGGACACCGGUUGUCAUACGACCCAAAAGGAAAUAGAAUCAAGUGCUGUUCUUAUUCAGGAGGAAUCGUCAGAAUUAAAAUCAUCAACCACUUCUGGAUUGGCUCCUUCAAAUAACGAGCUCUCAGAACCAGGGUCAAAGUCUUUGCCCAUAGAGCAGAUCUCCAAGGUAGAGGAAACAUCAACAGUACCAGCAACGGCCAUACUAGAAAACACAGGCGAGCCGGAAGCGCCCAAAGGGGAAGAUCAAACAGCAGGAGCCAUCCAUCUCGGCUCUAAGAGACCUAAAGAAUCAAAACAUGGUCACUAUGGAAGCGAGCAGCAGCCCAAGAAGCAAAAGAAGCGACUCGACUUAGUCAGUAUAGAAGACGAUCUCAAGAGCGCUCACUAUUACUUUGAAAACGACCUUCGAAAGAUCAAGCCAUACUUCUUCAAGUACCAAACGUUUGCUAAAGGGCGAUGGUUGGGCCGCCCACUCAUUGAAGUCUUCAACACAGAAUUCAGGGACAGGGACAACGAUUUUUAUGAACGGGCGAUCAAGGAUGGGCGUAUUAAAAUCAAUGGAGAGCCAGUGACCAAGGACUAUAUCAUUCGGAACAGCGACAUUGUUGCACACGAUAUUCAUCGCCAUGAACCACCCGUUGCCAAUAUCCCUGUCAAGGUCGUGCGUGAGGAAGAUGGGGUCAUUAUCGUAGACAAGCCUAGUAGUAUACCUGUCCAUCCUAGUGGACGCUAUCGACACAAUACAGUGCUUCAUAUUCUGAUGAAAGAACAUGGAUACAAGGACUUGUACCCGGUUAAUCGUUUGGAUCGUCUCACAUCAGGACUCAUGAUCAUGGCACUUUCAGUAAAGAAGGCUCGAGAGUUUGAGCUUAUGAUGCAGAAAUGCGAAAUCAAAAAGGAGUAUGUUUGUAAAGUCAAAGGGCAGUUCCCAAGCGGAAUAAUAGAAUGUCAUGAGCCGAUUCACGUAGCAUGUUUCAAGUUGACACUCAAUACGGUUCAUCCUGAGGGUAAGGCAUGUUCGACUGUUUUUGAACGGCUACGGUACGACGCUGAGUCAGAUACAUCGAUUGUGAUGGCUCGUCCUGUUACAGGGAGGACUCAUCAGAUCCGCGUGCACCUCCAAUGGCUUGGCUAUCCGAUCACAAACGACCCUCUGUACCAGAACACAGAUAUUUGGGGUAGCUUGAAUGGUAAAGGCGGUAUUACUGAGGAUGUAGAAAAGGAACUUGUCAAGAGAUUAUUGGAGAGAGGUGAGAUGGAUGACGAGUUUGAUAUUGCAUUAGCGGCGUCGUCGGCAUCGUCAUCAUUGUCAUCAUCAUUAUCGCCAUCGCCAUCACCAUCACCAUCACCAUCACCAUCAGUAUCAUUAUCAUCCAACCUUAGUAUAGGCCAGAAGAACGAUGAUAGUAUCAAUCAUUUUCAGGGAGAGUUUUGUAGCAUUUGCGGACUUGCUUCAAGAGCAGACCCAGAGCCAGAAAAAAGGAUAAUGUUUCUUCAUGCGUGGAGAUAUCAGACUAAGGAUUGGUCAUUUGAGACAGAGUUACCUGAGUGGGCUAGAGGAAGUCUUACAGCUGACACAGAGCCCAACGAAGUGUUAGAAACAGGUCCGACAGAAAAUAAUGCGCCACCUCCGGAGAUGAAGGAGGAAGAGGAGCAAGGUGCCACACAAAUACAAUAA